AGGAAGUCAUCUUUAAAUAAGGCUGGUUUAGGCUCAUGAAUCUGAGCAGAGCCACAGGAAUCGCUCUGGAAAACACUCUUUUUAGAGCAACUCCUGGUACAGUCAGCAUGUCUUCCUUAAGUGGGAAAGUCCAAACUGUCUUGGGCCUUGUGGAGCCAAGCAAACUGGGCCGCACCCUGACCCAUGAACAUUUGACAAUGACCUUUGACUGCUGUUACUGCCCACCUCCUCCAUAUCAUGCAGCUACCUCUAAGGAACCUAUUAUGAUGAAAAAUUUAUUUUGGAUUCAGAAAAACCCUUAUUCCCAUAAAGAGAAUCUUCAGUUGAAUCAGGAGAUGGAAGCCGUAAAGGAAGAACUGUUGCAUUUUAAAGCCACAGGUGGAGGGGCUUUGGUGGAGAACACAACCAUCGGGAUCAGCCGAGACGUGGAGACUCUGAAGUGGCUUGCGGAGGAGACUGGUGUCCAUAUCGUAUCCGGAGCUGGGUUUUAUGUGGAUGCAACUCACUCUUCAGAGACCAGAGCCAUGUCAGUGGAACAGCUUACUGAUGUCCUCACUAAUGAAAUUCUCUGUGGAGCUGAUGGAACCAGUAUCAAAUGUGGUGUCAUUGGAGAAAUUGGCUGCUCCUGGCCUCUGACUGAGAGUGAGAGAAAGGUCCUUCAGGCAACAGCUCAUGCCCAGGCUCAGCUGGGCUGUCCUGUUAUUAUUCACCCCGGGAGGAGUCCAAGGGCACCAUUUCAGAUUAUCCGAGUGUUGCAAGAAGCUGGUGCAGACAUCUCCAAAACCGUUAUGUCACAUCUUGAUAGGACUAUACUUGAUAAGAAGGAAUUGCUAGAGUUUGCUCAGCUUGGCUGUUACUUGGAAUAUGAUCUCUUUGGUACUGAGCUCCUUCAUUACCAAUUCAACCCAGAUAUUGACAUGCCCGAUGAUAAUAAAAGAAUUAGAAGGGUACGUCUUCUGGUGGAUGAGGGCUAUGAAGAUCGAAUCCUGAUGGCACAUGACAUACAUACGAAGCAUCGGCUGAUGAAAUACGGAGGUCACGGCUAUUCUCAUAUUCUCACCAACAUUGUUCCUAAAAUGCUGCUUAGAGGUAUAACUGAGAAUGCACUGGAUAAGAUACUAAUAAAGAACCCUAAGCAAUGGCUAACUUUCAAAUAGGAUAAUUGUUCAUGAAUUCAUACCUUGAGUAUAAAAUAUGCAGAGAACAUUCAGUGAUUUCAAACCCACUGGGACAUACUAAUCAGAGCUAUGUAGAACUAAUGGCAGAUCAUAUCCUUUUUAUGAGGAUUAGAAGUUUUGCUUUCUCAGAGACCAAUACAUCUGCAAUUUUUGAGUUACUGAGCUUAACUGAGCCCUAUUGUCUUGCCUUAACAAAAUACACAUACAGGAGUACCUAUUUCCAAACAAUGACUUAUAUUCUAUAUCCCCUUAGUGGAGUUUUGUUUUCUUAAUCUAUCAGCUGUACUACUUGAGAAAAUUUAAAGUGUUUCUAGUUAAAUUACCCCCUUCUGGAGCAAUCUAAUGUUUCUUGUAAUAUUGAUGAUCCUACUAAUUAUCCUGCUGUUCUUUAAUUAAUGCUUAAUGAAUAAUAUAGCACUUUAAAAUAGCUUCUGCAGCAAAGGAAGUUACAUUCUGUGACUUCUUUCUCAAAGGAUACUGUAAUACAGCCACCAAUUCACAGUGAUAAAGAUGUUAUAGAAGGUUAAUUAUAUGCUGUCCACCUAUCUCUAUAUACUUAAAAUAAAUCACUUUUAUUGCCUGUGGCUUCCAAGUAUCCAUUUUUGCUGUAAAUUGUGUUGUGUUUUGAAGAAUUUAUAUAAAGGGGCAUGAACACAUAACAUAGAACUAUAAAAAUUAAACCAUAAAAGGCAAAAUAUAUUAUAUAAUAUAGUUUAAUGAAUCAUUACAUUUAUAAUAACAAAGGCCACAAUUUAAUUAGUUAAUAAUAUAUAAUUCAAAAAAAAGAGAAAUGUUUUCCUUACAUAUAUAUUCCCUUUAUUUCCUUUACCUGUUAUUUGCUUUUGCCUUGGGCCUAAACGGAGAAAAAUAAUGCUUAUUUCUCUGAAGAAAAGGUCAAAUCUAUUAAAAAUGACAGUCUGAUUCUAAAGCCUACACUUUAAGAAGUACCAAGCCCUGAUAUUUUGUGUUAAUAAAGCCUUUUUUUAAAACUCUUAUUUAAAGCUCUUAGUUGACAUGCAGUGCUCUUUAUAAAUUAAUCUUUUGGUUGAAUCCUCACUGUUGUUAUUCAAAAUAAACUUCUCCAAACCCUU